GCGGACUGAGCUAAGUCUCUGACGUUAGAACAGUUCAUGGAAAUGGUAGAAGCUCGAUGGCAUAAUCCACAAGAGGCACAAAGGGCCACUGAUGCGAUUAACAAGUUAGACCAACGAAAAUUUAAAUCAGUCAGAGAGCUUACGACUACCGUUAAGAGCUUGAUCCUCGUCCCAGGCAUCAACUACAGUGACCAGUUCCUGUUAACUACGUUUGUUAGAUGUUUACCAAAGAACAUCAGGAACUUACUGGCCAGCGAGGCAUGCACUGAGUACCAUUCGUUUGAGACACUGUCUAGGAAAGCCUUAGAUUUGGAGGCCACGCUAGGCAAUGCUCAACCAACCUCUCAGAUUGACACGAAGAAGAAGAAGAGUCCUCAGGAGUGGAAGAAGAAGGGGGCUAAGUUGAUGAUGAUUGAGUCCGAUGGGACUCAAACGGAGAUCGACGAGCUCACUGACCUGAUGGACUAUACAGAGUUUGACGGCGAGGAGGUAGCUGAGGGUAGCACCCUCGCCGCGGUAGUCAAGACUAAGGCAGGUGGCCGAGGGAAGGGCCAACCUAGGAGUCAAGGAAAGGCCGCCUCCAAUCAGACCAAGCAGCCUGAAUGGGUGAAGGCAGGUCUUGACCAAGACGUGUGGCGUGACCGCCGAGUGCGUGGCGCUUUGCUGGCUCAACAGGAUGGGAAAAAGUUGAGACCGAUUGAGUACAUGAGUACGAAGAUGCCAUCGAAGAAGCUGGCCAAGUCCACCUACGAAAGGGAACUCUAUGCUCUCAACAAGGCACUUGUCCAUUGGAGAAACUUCCUAUUGGGAAGAUUCUUCUACUUGAGGACUGAUCAUCAGACCCUCAAAUGGAUCAAGACUCAACCGGCUCUUUCUGAUGCCCUCAAGCGAUGGAUUGAGGUCAUAGACCAAUAUGACUUCAAGCUUGAGUACCUGAAGGGAGAGUCUAACAAGGUUGCUGAUGCGCUAUCACGUAGAGCAGACUACCUAGGUACGCUAGUUUCUGACUUUGGCAUAUCUGAAGAAGUAACUCAAUCAUUGGUGGGAGCCUAUCAGGAAGACCCUGUCACGAUGGACAUCAUUCGCAAGCUUCAGGCAAAAGACAAAGCCACAGAAAGCGAGUUUGUGAUGGUGGACGGGCUCCUCUAUCUUGAGAAGGCCGGAAUAAAAAGAUUAGUAGUUCCAUCUAGUGAACCUUUGCGUAGUUUAUUCUUAGGAGAAUGCCAUGACGCAACUGGACACUUUGGCUACAAGAAGACGAGUGCUAACCUAGUACAACGAUUUUGGUGGCCAGGAAUGUUUGAUGACGCAAAGAAGUACGUAGAGACUUGUCAGGUCUGUCAGCGGGACAAGCCGCGAACUCAACCACCGCUUGGGUUGUUGAAGCCUUUGCCUAUUCCUGCUGGUCCAGGACAGAGUGUCUCCAUGGAUUUCAUGGACACCCUGGUGACUAGUAAGAGUGGCAAGAGGCACAUCUUCGUCAUCAUCGACCGAUUCACCAAGUACGCUAGACUAGUGGCUAUGCCAGAGACCGCAAGAACUGACUACGACAUCAAGUUGUUCAAAGACAACUGGUAUGAGAAGUUGCUGCAAGAGGCCGUCGAGCAUAUGAAGAAAGCUCAGCAAGCAAUGAUUGCUUUUGAGAAUCAACAUCGCAGACAGUCCACAUUUCAGGUAGGGGAACGAGUCUGGGUCAAGGCUAGUGAGUUAGGACARGAGUUCGGAAUCUCUCGCAAACUAAUGCCUCAGUACUUUGGUCCCUGGGAAGUCCUGGAUAUAGUGGGAGAUGAGAUGGAUGGUCCCACAUAUGUCAUUCGUGUCCCUGGACACCUACGCACUCACCCAGUCUUUCAUGCCUCAAAGCUUGCACCUUUCGCUGAGACAGGUCAAUUCCCUUCCAGGGGAUCGAUGCUGCCCCCAACCAUGGAUGGACAAGGGGACAUCGACGACAUCGUGGAUCACAGGGAUAUGCCUGUUCCGAAGCCGCUGGGUCAAGGAAGACCUCCUAAACCCAAGAGAGAGUACCGCGUCAGAUUCAGGCAUCAUACGGAUCCGAAAGAAGAUCGGUGGUUUACCAGGGAGGAACUGAUUGAGACAACUCCUCAGGUGGUGGCUGAAUAUGAGAGGCUACUGAAAGGGAAGGCACCUGCGAAGUUAACUCCUGGCAGCAAGAGACAUGCUGAGGUGAUGGGAAUGCAUCCUCAUGAACAUAAGAGACCCAGGCUAAAUUCCUGGCAGUAUGUGUUGUAUGAUGAAAGACCCGCAGGGGGUAAAGCCUGACGAGACCUACACAAGGGGUUAUAGCCUGAAGAGAGUCCCAUCAGGGGGAUAAGCCUGACCCAUCUAUGAGAGACAAAAGAAGAAAUGAGUGGCCGCCAGUGGGAUGAUGCUGGGAUCAUUUUUCUAAAAUGUUCUUAUAAUUCCUCAUGUUGGGUAAAGCCAAUGGUCGAUUCCAGAUUCCGGGGAAAGACCUGCCAGAGGUUAUUCCUGGCCCUUUUCCAACUUGUGACUGAAUGAAAGUGUUUUCGAAGG